GAAGAAUUGAUCAGAGGACCCAGCAGAAAAGAUGCUGUGAUGGAUUUUGUACCCCCGAAGUGUCAUGCCAAGCUGCUCAGCAGGACAGAUUUAUGGAUGUGGCUUCUCCUUCUUGCUCCUUUGAACACCUACCAAACUAAGCUAGAAAGUCAGAAGCAUUGUUUGGAUAUCUCAUCAAAGGUUAUACAAGAAGGGGGGACAAUAAAGGUGCCCCUGAAUGUGUCUCAAUCUGUUGGAGAUCCCUCGAUUUGGAGAAGCUCCUCUUCAGAGUGGGUGACUGCCUGCCAGCUUUUCUACAGGAGCAAAACUCAGGAUAAUAUCACAGAGUGCAAACCACUCCUUUCUGAUUUCAAGGAGGAUGUUUUUCUGGAAGGAAAUGUCUUGACGCUACAGAAUGUGAGCAGAGGUGCCAGCGGGAUAUACAAGUUCCUGGAAACCCGUUUUGAAACCUGUGUGGCCUGGAUAAGUGUCACUGUGGGGGAGGUUCCCAAGCGCUGCUCUUCUGAUACAUUCUCCAUACCAGAAAAUUCCUCUAAGACGAUAAGGGAUAGUAUAGCAAACAGCUCCAGUCUCCUUGCUCUAUGGAAGAAGAACCACUCCUCUGGUUGGCAACACAUCAUGAACAUCACCAAUGAACACCUGCACUACUUUGCAGAUGAAUAUAAAGGGCACUUUGCAAUAUCAGACGACAGACUUAUUAUCAAGGAUGCCCGGGAAUUGCUCACGGGAGAGUACCAACUUGUUGAUGAAUUGUGCAUGCAACAUUUCUCCCUCACUGUACCUGCACCGAGCAUGUGCCCCACUCUCUACCGGUAUAUCCCCCAAGACUCCAGAGCCUUCAUCCCCAUGACUCUCGCCAAAAGUUACACCAUCCUCUGCAGAGUGAACACUUCCUCAUCUCUCUGUGACUGGAUCCUGGUUGCCAGCAGAGGGCGCUCCUACUAUUUCAACAGAGGCCUGAAGAAACGGCUCUUCCUUUACAACAUGGGCCUUAUCAUCAUACAAAUGAGCAAGGACCUGGAAGGGGAGUACCAUGUCCUCUCGGGUGUAAAUAGAACCUGUACAGUUCGGGUCUUGAUGACAGCUGUGGGUAAGAGUCCCUCAGGGCAGUGGGAGAAGAAUUGGCAUUAUCACUGGAAAAAAGGUCCAUUGUUGCUCCAUCGGAUCCUCUUGCUGGUCCCUGGCAUCGUAUUCCUCUGCGUCCUGGGGCUGCUGUGGGACUGGCUGACCAAGAUGCGCAGUCAGCUGGCCAUCUCUGGGGAGCAGCAGAGGGCCAACGAACACAUCCAGCAAGUCAUCAUUCCCUUGCAGCAUAGUCAAAACCUGUGAUGGGUGCCAAGUCAUCUUCCUCCUUCAUUGCAGGAACAUCUUGAGUGCGACUCUACAACCCAUUUUGCACUGUCUGCGCGGCUUGUCGAACUCUCUUACUUACACAUUUCCUGCUUGGCUUUCUAAUUAGCCAGGAUCUCCUGGAAACUUGGUUUUGUUUAAUGAAUUUUUGUUUUCCAUUUCUUCAGUAUGUAUAUUAAAGUAAACAGGUUUCAUUUGUG